CGAAGUCCCCUUCUGGCCUCUGUAUCAAUCUUGUAAUCCAACUCUCUAGUUGGACUCUCAUCGUCGAUAUAACAAUCUAUACAAACAUGUCUUCUUCUACAUCUACUCUAGAGUCCCUCUUCCAGGCCCUUCGGGUCGUCGGGAGCAACUUGAUCUUCAUCAUCCCAUCAUUUUUGACGGUGUAUUUCCUCUACGCCCGCUAUAGCUCACCCCUUCGACGGAUACCCGGUCCCUUUCUUGCAUCUGGCUCUAUCAUUCCAAGACUACUUGUCCUCAAACAAGGACGGGCUCAUUCUUGGGACCAGGACCAGCACAAAAAGUUCGGCCCUAUCGUCCGUAUCGGUCCAGCACACGUUGCUGUCUCAAAGCCGGAAGCGAUCAGUCAAAUCUACGGUGUCAAGACCAAGUUCUACAAAUCACAAUUCUUCCUCACCUUCUCGACGUACGAUGAAGAAGGUCUUGUCCCAGAUCCCUUCGUUUUGCGAGAAAGAGAAAUGCACACGAGGAUGAGAAGGAGUGGGGCAAAUGCUUUCGCCUUGAAGUCGCUGCCUUCAUAUGAGAAGAACGUGGACAAGGUCAUUCAACGGUUCAUCGCAAACGCCGACCAGAAAUACGUUGAUCGCCCUUGCGACUUCGGACGAGUGGCUCAAAACGUCAUUGCAGAUUCUAUUUUCGCUGCCAUCUUUGGGAACGAUCAGCGUCUCAUAGAGACGGACGACUCGAACAACGUGAGUCUCAAGAUCGAGAGAUAUAUGAACUGGGCUACCAUCACCGGUGUAAUUCCUUGGAUCCACAGGUACUUUCUCCAGAACAUGUUUGUUUUCAUGUGUUUUAUCGCGACCGACAAUAUGUUCCAGGCGGGCAUUGACAUCUCUCUCGCCGCCCUGGCAAGGAUACGAUCUGGGAACGUAGCGGCGGAUGUACCCGAGGAAGGGUACGACACCAUGCUGCGAAAACUUGCCUUCCUUCAGCAUGACAAGCCAGAUCUACUCAAGGAUCGCGAGAUGAUGAUUCACACCUACGGCGGCGUCAUCGCUGGUAGUGAUACCAGCAGCACCGCUCUCCGCUCCAUCUUUUACUUUCUCCUCAAGAACCCAGAAACCUACUCCAAACUCUGCGACGAGAUCCGCGGCUCUGGUUUUACUGUCCCCGUCUCAUUCGCAGACGCAAGCUCACUCCCAUACCUUGGGGCCGUCAUCCGUGAGGCUCUUCGGAUCCACUCGCCUGUCGGCAUGAUGCUCCCUCGCAGUGUGCCCGCUGGCGGCGUAACAAUCGAUGGCUACUACCUACCUGCGGGCACUGAAGUUGGCAUAAGUCCCUGGGUCCUACACCACGACCCGAAUGUCUUCCCUAACCCUGAGCGCUUUUAUCCGGAUCGAUGGCUCACCAAGGACGCCGAGGCCCUUGUGCGCAUGAAUAGGUCGUUCUUCGCGUUUGGACAUGGUAUUCACACGUGCAUCGGCCAGCACAUGAGCUCCAUGAUGUUGACAAAGAUUAUCGCUUCCAUGCUGCUCGCCUUCGACCUCGAAUUUGUCAACCCCAAUGAGAACUGGCACUUCACGUCGAGGUUCUUCACCUAUCAGCAUGGAAUUAACGUAAGGUUCAGGCAUAUCAAGUCUAAGGCUUAG